AUGGGUGCAGACGACAACAGCAAGAACUGUCCUCUUGACACCUACCGUUACAAUGAGGAGCCUGUCUAUACCACUUCUCAGGGCUGCCCAGUGAUGGACCCGGAGUCUUCUCAGAGAAUUGGAGAGAAUGGCCCUCUACUCAUUCAAGACUUCCACUUGAUUGACCUCCUGGCUCACUUUGACCGAGAGCGAAUCCCUGAACGUGUCGUUCAUGCCAAAGGCGCCGGAGCGUAUGGUGAAUUCGAGGUCACUGAUGAUAUCAGCGAUAUUACCACUAUUGAUAUGUUGAAAGGAGUGGGGAAAAAGACUAAGCUCAUUACCCGUUUCUCCACUGUUGGUGGAGAGAAGGGCUCUGCCGACAGUGCUCGUGACCCUCGUGGGUUUGCCAUGAAAUUUUACACUGAGGAAGGUAAUUGGGAUUGGGUCUUCAACAACACGCCAAUUUUUUUUCUUCGUGACCCGUCCAAGUUCCCAAUUUUUAUCCAUACCCAAAAGAGAAACCCCCAGACCAACUUGAAGGAUGCUACCAUGUUCUGGGACUACCUCUCCACCCACCAAGAAGCUGUUCACCAGGUUAUGCAUUUGUUCAGUGACCGCGGUACCCCAUACUCCUAUCGCCACAUGAACGGCUAUUCUGGACACACAUACAAGUGGAUCAAACCAGAUGGAACCUUCAACUAUGUCCAGAUCCACUGCAAAACCGAUCAGGGAAUUAAGACGUUCAACAACGAAGAGGCGCACAAGAUGUCUGCUGAGAACCCUGACUGGCAUACUGAAGACCUUUUCAAAUCCAUCGAGAACGGUGAACAUCCGAGCUGGACCUGCUACGUUCAAGUCAUGAGCCAAGAGCAAGCCGAGAAAUUCCGGUUCAGCGUCUUCGACUUGACCAAGGUUUGGCCCCAAGCUGAAUUCCCCCUUCGCCGCUUCGGUCGCUUUACUCUCAACAAGAAUCCUCAGAAUUACUUUGCGGAGAUUGAACAGGCAGCUUUCUCCCCGUCGCACAUGGUUCCUGGCUCCGAGCCGUCAGCCGAUCCAGUGUUGCAAUCCCGCUUGUUCUCUUAUCCCGACACCCAUCGCCACCGCCUGGGUACAAACUACCACCAAAUUCCCGUCAACUGCCCGCUACGCGCUUUCAGCCCUUACCAACGUGAUGGUGCAAUGGUUGUCAAUGGCAAUUAUGGUGCAAAUCCAAAUUAUCCAUCUACCUUCCGUCGUUUACAGUUUAACCCCGUCAAGGCCAGCCAAGAACACGAAGUCUGGACAGGUGCCGUCCUUUCUAAACAGAUUCCUGUCACUGACGAGGACUAUGUUCAACCCAACGGACUUUGGGAAGUCCUUGGUCGCCAGCCUGGCCAGCAGGAUAACUUUGUUCACAAUGUCUCUGUACAUCUGUGCAAUGCACAAGAGACUGUUCGUGAAAGAACUUAUGGUAUGUUCAAACGGGUAAAUCAGGAUCUGGGUGGUCGAAUUGAGAAGGCUACCGAAACCCUCGCCAAGCAAGCACAGCCUCGUCUCUAA